AUCAUGUUGUGAUUGGUGCCCAUUUCACCUACACUGUUGAAACAGCUAGCUAAAUAGAUUAUUUGCUGGUUCAAGUCUGCGACGAUUUCUAAAAGACACACAUUAAUGUCCAGCAUAUUAAAGGCAAUGUCAAAGUUCCGUCUGGCUCUGGUGCAGUUGCGCGUAACUAAAUCAAAGGCUGAAAACUUAAAUCGGACCCAGAGGUUGGUCCAGGAGGCAGCGGGCCAGGGGGCGAAAGUUGUGGUUUUACCAGAGUGCUUCAACUCCCCAUAUGGGACAGGUUUCUUUGCAGAGUAUGCUGAGAAAAUCCCAGGAGAAUCAUCCCAGGCAUUGUCAGAGACUGCCAAAGAGUUUGAGAUAUACCUAAUAGGCGGUUCUAUUCCAGAGGAGGAUGGGGGGAAAUUAUUUAACACCUGUUCAGUUUUUGGUCCUGAUGGUAAGCUACUGGUCAAACACAGAAAGAUCCAUCUCUUUGACAUUAAUGUCCCUGGGAAAAUACGCUUUCAGGAGUCUGAGAUACUAAGUCCAGGGAACAGCUUAUCCAUGUUUGAAACUCCUUACUGUAAAGUGGGCAUAGGCAUUUGCUAUGACCUGCGCUUUGCAGAGCUUGCACAGAUCUAUGCUAAAAAAGGCUGUCAGCUGUUGAUAUAUCCUGGUGCCUUCAAUAUGACCACAGGGCCAGCUCACUGGGAGCUGCUUCAGAGAGCUCGGGCAGUGGAUAACCAGGUGUAUGUGGCCACUGCAUCACCAGCGAGAGAUGAGACUGCCAGUUAUGUGGCCUGGGGUCACAGCUCUGUCAUCAACCCCUGGGGUGAGGUGAUCACAAAAGCAGGAUCUGAUGAAGCCAUUGUGUAUGCUGAUAUUGAUCUGCAAUACUUAGCCGAUGUGCGUCAGCAGAUUCCAGUCACAAAGCAGAAGCGUGAUGAUUUAUACAUGGUCAAUAUUGUUCACGAGGGAUGAGGGGCAAGCCAGAAGAGAUCUGGACUCUUACAUAAUGAUGUCACUGCUAAGGGCAGACAGUCUGUCCGCUGGACUUUGCUAUACAGCACAGUGAUUAGGACAGUCUGCCAAUGGACUGUAAGGGGAGUGAAGUGCUUGGAGUUUGAUUAGACCAUAAUUUCAAUCAAUGGUAAAUCUGGAACAGUGCUGAGAUAUGAUUAUCUUUCACAUUGAAAUAAGUGUAUAUGUAAGUUUGAAUUAUUAAAAAAUUACUAAAAUCAUG